UUUCCUUCCCUUCUCACCCACUCCAACUAAUCCAUCUUUUUAGAUUCCAAAUCUCCAAACCCUCUAAUGGCGACCUCUGCUGCUCUCCUUUCCUUUCGACCUACCGGAAUCCGAUCUUCCGGCGACAGAAAACCUGAGAAUAAUCGCCGGAAAGUCUCUUCCGUCAACUGGUGGACACCUCUUUUCGGCUGGGGCUCUGAUCCCGACUACAUUGACGGCAAAAACACCACAACUAACGGCGACAUCAUCGAUCUUUCUGGCUGUGCAAACAUGAGGGACGGAUCUGUGUCCUUUCCGGAGAGAACGGCGGCUGGUUCUAGAUCGCGAUUCGCUCCAGGUUCUUUCACGGAGGAGAAGGCGAAACAGCUUCGGUUGAUGACCGUGGAGACCGAAAACUUCCACGACAUCAUGUACCACUCAGCCAUCGCGUCUCGUCUCGCUUCGGACUUUCCGAACCGAUCUUCUCAGUAGCGUUACUGCUGUCAUGGUUCCCGGCGCCGGCUGAUUUUGGUUUUCCGGCGAUUUAGGGUUUAGUAUGACUCUAUAAGGGUGAAAGGUAGGAUUUUUUUAACUUUUGCUCCUGCAAAUCCGUCGACUUUACUCCUUUGGAGAUUUGGAACUUCGAAUUUCCUUUCCUUUUUUUUUUUGUGUGUGUGUGUGUGUCUGCCAAUUAAAGUGAUGGCUGAUGACGAUGAUGAUCUUGAUUGUGUACAAUAUUAUAAUCUAAGACUCGAACUUGUUUGAGGAAAUCUACCUUUUGGGGUUUGCUUGAA